CGCCCACAUGAAAGGUAUUCUAUAUAGGUCAUGUGUUCUAGUGAGCUGUCAAGUUAGACUAUGUGAUUGAAAACGUUUCUGUCUGCGGCGUCAGAACCGGACUGAACUUUGUGAAUGUCAACUAUCAGCAUGUCUGCUGUCUGGGUGAAAAUGUCCACCAUCCUUUGCCUCUGCUAUACAGCAGAGAUGAAAGGAGUGGAGUGGAGAGAAGUUGGGCAAUCCAUUACAAUCCAGUGCAGAGUUGGGUCUGAUCAAGAUCAUCUGAGCUUAAAAAUGGGUCUCAAUGAGACUGAGAUUGUUGGAAUAAACAAGUCAAAAAAAGAAAUAAUUCUUGAAGGAAUGAAAGAACGAGUUCAGACAGAUGGAAAAUUCCCCAACUUUGACAUUCUCAUUAAAAACUUGCGUGAAAAUGACACAGGACCAUAUUGGUGUACUUAUACAAAAACAGGAGACCUUAUACAUCAGUACAGUAUCAGUACCACAAAAGGUGAAGGAUCUGUGCUGCUGGUGGUGACUGAAAAAAAAAACCCACCAUCAACUGAUCCGCAGAGAAAUUGUGAAGGAGCAGAUAUGAACAUGGUGCUGGUGGGGAUUACCGUCGCUUUUGGUGUUCUGCUCAUCAUGAUGCUGGGCUUCAUCCUGUUUGUCACGCACAAGACCAAGAGCUCAGACAAUGCAGUGAAACCGAGGCGUGUUGCUACCGGCAAUGAUGUUUAUGAGGACAUGCGAGGAACACUGAGGCGUUGAGGAUAUGCUUGCAGGACGCUGACAUGCAUGAAACUCAUGAAACCAUGGACCACAGAAACAUCUGAUGCAUGUGAUGCACUUCCCCAACAGAUGCACACUUUCAAAAGGCAAGCAUAUGUGUUUACAAGAGAAUGCCAAAGAAGAGAGUGGACAGACUGAAUCAUACAAUGUAAAUGUUCUUUCAAUAGCUUUAUUGUUUAAACUGGAAAACAAGUGUAGUAUAUAUAUUUUUAAAACAUGUAUAUGUCUUUUUUGUAAUUUAGUACCAAGUUUGACUAAUGUUUUGUUUAAAAAAAAAUGUGGAGCUGGAACGAAAUAAAAAAACCAAUCUGAUACUUAGAGAGCCAAUAAAAUUAAUCUGGCAAAUUGAAAGUUUGAGAAGUUUUAAACAAUUCCAUCUAUAAAAUCCUUUUUUCCAUUCCCAGAUUUUCUGAGGUGCUUUUAGUAACAAUCAUGAAGCAUCUAACAUGAAUGAAACACAUGAGGCUUUUCAGUUCACUGUUUCUCAAUGAUUUUACCACCAGAAGUAUCAGGAAACUAAUGUCAUACAUUUCAGCAAAGAUGUGAUUUAUAUGAGAAGAGCUAACUUUCACCUCUACCUUUCACUUGUGAAAAAAAAA